GAUCUGGACGGAUUAGGGUGUUACACAUCCUCCUCAAAAUCCUCAAAGAAAAUGUCAUCUCAGUCUUUAACAAAGAUAAACAAGUCGGGGUUUAUGAAUGCACUCUCCUAUAUUGGCUCCUCACUCACAAGAAAAUCAAUCUCCCUACCAUCAUCCUUAAACACAUGCACGAAUGCUCCGGUCGCCUAAACAAACCCUAUGGCAUACUACUUACCCACAUCUUUUCCAAAAGGGAAAUUCUUGAGGUGCGCCCUUCUCGUGUCCGUUAUCUUGACGCGGAGUGCCUUGGCUAUAGUGGCCUCGUAAAGAUUGGAGCGGAGUAUUACAUGAAGAAAGAGUUCCAGAAUCUUGAUGAGGCGACACGAGCGGAGUAUGGUCCUCGGCGUUCCAUGUCAUCUUUGCCUUCCACUUCACGAGCACCCCAAGCCGAAGCUGAAGAAAAUGCCAACACGGAAGUCCCCGUUCGUGCUCCACGGGUCAAACGCUCAAAGUCGGCGUCUCAUGCUUCCUCGGCCUCUCUCAUGCAUCGUCACUCUCACAUGGUUUCAACUUCCAAAAAUCCCUUUAAGAAGUUCAAGAAAUUCAUCCUCAAGACCGUAGUGGCUCCGAUGAGGAAACUUUAAGAAAGCCUCGAUGACCUCUCGGAUCGGAUGAAGAAGAUGGAGGAUCCCUUGUUCUUAUUUUUCUUACACUUUUGAGUAAAAAGCUUUCAUCUUUUUUGUAACACCCCAACCCGCGUAACCCAAACUCGUGAGAUAGCGGACCGGUGUGCCACUGGAUUGGUAUCCGAAUAUACAACAUUUUCAAAACAAUUUUAAACAAACGUUCUUUCAAUGCAUAUAAAAAUCCAUCGGAGUAAUUUAAAAUAAUGCGGAAGCCUUUUUAAAGUCAAACAACUUGGGAUCUUGCCCGAAAACGUAAUAAGCAUUAAAGUUAAUU